GGUUGGAAUAAGAUUAGGCAAAACUGAAGGCUGCCAUGUCACAUGUCAAAUUUGAAUUUGACACAAGCAAAAAGAAAACUCCAUUGAAGAUGCUCUAAUCUGUCAAAUUUGACAGAUCUCCCAAAACUGUCAAAUGCCUCAAAUAGCUCAUCUUCAUUCGUUCAUCGUCUUCAAAGAUUGCUUCUUUUUUUUUUUUUUUUUUUUUCCAGAAUCAGAAAGGAAUUGGUCUGUUCCCAAAAACUCGAACCGAAAAACUUCUUCGCGAUCUCGAUUUGAAAUCCAAGAUGGCCAGAUUCGUUAUUAUCAUGACAAGAUCUAGAGCUUUCUCUCGAUUUCGAUCUGAAAUUCUCUCUCUCGAUGGCGAUCUGAAAUCCCACAUGUUGAUAUGUAUCUGAUGGCAAGAUACCGGACUGUUGCCUGCACCUUCGCGGAUGAGCACCUUAACUAUUAUUUCCGUGGUGACCAGCACCUUGACCGUGACGACGACAUAGACAACGAAUAUGAGGAUACUAGUAGCAGUGAGUCCCCUGGGUCGUACAGAUACGAUGUUUUCCUAAGUUUCAGUAACGAACACACCGUCUCGAGUUUUGUGAGCCAUCUAUAUGCAGCAUUAGAUCGGAGUGGAUUGGUCUCCUUUAAAGAUGACCAAAGGCGUGACAGAGGGGAAUUCCCUAGUUCUGAUCCACAACUAGUUUCAAAAGCUAUCGAGGACUCAAAAGUUGCCCUUGUCAUUUUUUCACGAGACUAUGGUACGGCAACAUGGUGCGUGGAUGAGCUAGUGAAGAUUCUAGAGUGCAGACAAGAUAUGGGGCAACUAGUACUGCCCAUCUUUUACAAUAUCCCGGCUUCUGUUGUACGGGGCAUCUAUAUGCAGAACAAGGACAAUGGGAAAUAUUUGAAAAAGGACCGCUGCUUUGGCAAGGUUGGCCAACCUUUCCGGCUACGUUCUUCAAGAUGGAAUAUAUCCUUGUUUGGUCUGGACUACCAACUGACAGUCAGAUUAAUUAUUUCAAUUGAUGGACGAGGCAAAUGUCAUCAAAAGUAUCAUUUCUGCAACAGCAAAACAUGUAUCUUAUAAAGGUUCAAAUGUUGACAAGAGCUUCCUAGGCACAGAUCACCUCGUUAAUGGUUUGUUACACAAUCACAUCAAAUAUGAGUCCUUCCAGCCGUCAUCUUCUUCCUUUCCUCACAAAUCACACAAAUACGAUGUCUUUUUGAGUUUCAGAGGGGAAGACACGCGCUCGAAUUUUGUGAGCCACUUACAUGCUGCAUUAGAGCGGAAUGGAAUUGUCACCUUUAAGGAUGACAUAAGGCUUGAGAGAGGAAGAUCCAUUUCUCCAGAACUUUUGAAAGCUAUUGAGGAUUCAAAAGUUGCGCUUGUCAUUCUUUCACGAAACUAUGGUUCUUCAACAUGGUGCUUGAAUGAGCUGCUGAAGAUUAUGCAAUGCAGACAAGAUAUGGCACAAGUGGUCAUGCCAGUCUUUUACCAACUGCAGCCUUCUGUUAUACGGAAGAAUUUUUUGAGGCAGAAAAAUGAGGGGAAGUUCUUGCAGGCCUCCACUGAACGUGAAUUAGAAGGGAAAGAGAGCAAAGUACAGGAAUGGAGCGAUGCUUUGACAAACCUGGCCAAUCUUUCAGGAUUUGUUGUUGAAGAUGGCAUUGAUGAGGCAAAUGCCAUCAGACAUAUUGUUCGCGCAACAGAAAAACAUAUGUCAUACACAUGUUCGAAUGUUGACAAGGGCUUCGUAGGAAUGGAUCGCCGCGUUGAAGAUCUUGUACAUAAUCACAUAUGUCCAUGGUUUAAUGGUGUGCGAAUUAUAGGGAUCCAUGGAAUGUGAGGAAUUGGAAAGACAACCCUUGCUCGAGCUGUUUCUGAUCGAAUUUGUGAAGAUUUUGACGGUAGAUGCUGUCUUUCUAAUGUUAGAGAAUUUUCUAAAAAAGAUGGCCUAGUUUCCUUGCAAGAAAAACUUCUUUCCAGGAUCCUCAUGGAAAAAACUGGAAAUGUAGAGGAUGAAUAUAAUGGUGCUGCUAUGAUACAAAAAUGCCUGUGGAGAAUAAGGGUGCUUCUUGUUCUUGAUGAUGUGGAUCAAUUGACACAAUUAGAAAAACUAGCUGGACAUCCUAACUGGUUCGGUCCGGGCAGUAGAAUUAUCAUAACAAGCACAGAUAUUCAUCUGCUGAACACGCAUGGUGUUGAUGCUGUCUAUCAGGCUACUGUGUUAGAUCCUAAUGAAGCACUUCAACUUAUGAGUUUAAAGGCUUUUAAGAAAAUUCCCCCGCCUGAAAAUUAUUUGGAGCUAUGCCACAGCAUUUUAACCUAUGCUCAUGGACUUCCCUUGGCUCUUGUGGUUAUGGGUUGCUUUCUGUAUGGUAAAAGCACCAAUGAAUGGAGAAGUGCAAUAGAUAUGCUCAAGAAAACACCUGAAAAAAGUAUCACUGAUGUGCUUCAUAUAAGUUUUGAUGGACUAAGGGAAAUAGAAAAAGAAGUAUUCCUACAUAUUGCUUGUUUUUAUAAGGGCAAGGAUAGGAAUCGUGUGACAGAAAUACUAGACUAUUGUCAGCUUCACCCUGAUAUUAAUUUAAGAGUUCUUGUUGAUAAAUCUCUCAUUACUAUUUCAAACAACGAAAUCUGCAUGCAUGAUUUGCUACAAGAAAUGGGAAGGGAAAUAGUUCGUCAAGAGUCCCCUAAAGAGCCAGGCAAACGUAGUAGACUAUGGUCACAUGAAGACAUACACAACGUGCUGAAGAAAAAUGAGGGAACAGAUGCAAUUCAAGGCAUUGUAAUGGACUUGCCUGAAUUAGAAAUGGCUCAUUGGCACCCAGAAGCCUUCUCAAAUUUGUCUAAACUUACUCUUCUCCAUAUUCAUAAUGUCAAUCUCUCGAAGGGCCUCACUUGUCUUUCUAGCUCCUUGAGACUUGUGGAAUGGAUUGGGUACCCCUUAAGAUCUCUCCCACAAAAUUUCAAACCAGAUGAACUUAUUGAACUUAACUUGUGCCACAGCAACAUUGAUCAGCUUUGGAAGGGAAAACAGUGUUUGGACAAGUUGAAGCUCCUCAAACUCUGCCAUUCCCAUAACAUUGUCAAAACGCCAGACUUCACGGGCGUUCAAAAUCUUGAGACAUUAGAUCUUGAAGGAUGCAUAAAUCUGACACGAGUUCAUCAAUCCCUUCGAUUUCUCAAGAGGCUUGUUGUACUGAAUCUUAAAGACUGCAAAAGUCUUGAGGGCCUGCCAGGUAAAAUCGAAUCACAGUCUCUUGAAACUUUUAUUCUUUCUGGCUGCUCAAAAGUUAAGAAGAUCCCUGAGUUUGUUGAAAAUAUGAAACACUUGUCGACGCUUUGUCUCGACAAGACUGCCAUAAAAGAACUACCUUCCUCAAUUGAACACCUCAGUGGCCUUGCUUCUUUGGAUCUAAGCAACUGCAAAGACCUUGUUUCACUUCCGAGCACAAUUCAUUCGUUGAAGUCUCUUAAAAAGCUGAAUCUUUCUGGAUGCUUGAAACUUGGCCAAAGCCAUGCCAGUGUAACAGAAUGGAAGGAUCUUUUAAGACACGGUUGUGAAGUGGUUUGGGAAUAUUUCUCAUGGUCCUUGUCUUCUGUAUGGAUGCAAAGCGACGAUACAGAACCAACUAGUAUGCCGUUGUCUGUAUCUGAUCUGUGUAGCUCUACAGAGCAAAGAAUGAACAGAUCACUGAGCAUGCGGUUGCCUUUAUUUGGUCUUUGUAAUUUAACAGAUCUAAACCUAAGUAACUGCAAUCUUGGUGAUACAGCAUUUGCCAACAACUUCGGCUACUUUCCCUCUUUACUGGCAUUAAAUCUCAGUGGAAAUAAUUUUUCUAAGCUUCCCCCAGGCAUCAGAUCAUGUUUGAAACUAGAGAAGAUUAACUUGGAAAACUGCAUGAGUCUUCAAGACUUGUCUGGCCUUCCUUCAAAUAGUACAUUGGAUAUAAGAGCAGAUGGUUGUUCUUCACUGGAAAUGUUGCUUCAUGCAUUCAAUUUUGAUAGAUUGAACAUAUCAUAUUUGAAUUUCAUCAACUGCUUCAAAAUAAAGGACUAUCAAGGCUGCAAUAGCAUGUCAAUUGAAAUGCUGAAGUUAUUCCUUUGCCAGGGCAUCUCUAAUGCAAAGCAAACUUUUCAAGUUGUACUUCCUGGAGGGAUAAUUCCCAGCUGGUUCAGCCAUGGAAGGCCUGGAGUUUCGUUAAGUCAUAGGCAAAGGCCAGAUUUCGAUUUCUGGGAUACCAAAUCUUUGAUGGGUUUUGCUCUCUGUGUUGUGUUUAGACUCCAUGAGCACCAUCACAUUAAUGAACUCAACACAGAUCAAUUCAAGACAUUUAAAGCUACACAUCAUCUGGUAUGUUGCCUGAAAGUCAAUGGAAGAGAACUAGAAGUGUGUGGCAGACAACCUGCGUUUCGCUUUAGUGAAGAAUUUUGCCGGGUUGAGUCUCAUCACAUUUGGCUAUUCUAUGUUCCCUGCGAUUACUUUGGUACAGAGUGGAAGACUAGCAAUCAGAUUGAGUUCUUAUUUGAAACCAAAGGGCCUGGCCUGAAGGUGGAAAGAUGUGGUGUCCGUCCGAUAUAUGAACAAGAUGUGCAAGAGAUGAUCAAAACAAUGAAUCACUCCAACAGCAGGAUUGAAGCACUUUCACCUUAAAGAACCGUUGAAUAUUCCAUUGGUGAAUUGCAGAAUCGUCAGUGGCUCGUCUUCUCUUCAUUUGGACCUCUGCAAUCAGCAUUAGUUACUUUCUGGAGCUCUCUUGCCUCAUCUUUUACAUGGAGCCUCACUUUAGUUUCUUUCACCUUGAUUAUUAGAUUUUGGAUACCUAUUGAUCUUGCUGCAUAAGUUUCAAAAACUAUAAUCUUGGAAAGUGAUUUUGACACUCAGUUUUAUGUUUGUAUUACACUUCUAAUUACCUGCAGAGUGCAGUGGUAAAUGUGUUGAAACGUUAAGUGUCAAAAUAACUAAUUUUAGUUGUGUAACAUCUAGUUCGAAUUUUAGUUGUCAAAA